AUGGCAAGUUACUUUCACUGCGGAGCCCAUGUGACACACCUCAUCACUUCCAAAACACUGCAAACUGCACCAUAUAUAAGGAAUGCCCUUGGAUAUGUACAGGAACUCGGCAACCUAUAUAACAGCUCUGGAAAGUUCAAACACCUGUACUUGAAUCUACAUUCUGCUGACACUGAUAAUCCUUCCCCUACAAGACUAAAGCCAAUAUGCCCAACUCGCUGGUUAACGCAUUCAGCUGCAGUUAAAUCGGUUUUGCAGAAUUUUGAAGCCGUAUUGGACGCCCUUCAUGAAGCAGCUGAAGACUUUGGGACAAACACUUCAUCAAGAGCUAGCGGCCUUCAUAGUUGUCUUUCGUCUGGAAAAUGCAUUCUUGGAUUGUUUACAGCUUUAUCUGUUAUCCAGUGCCUUGAACACUUUAAUAGGGCUCUCCAAGGAACAGAUAAGACAGUUUCUGGGAUGCUUGAUGCAGCAGAAGUAACAAGGCGUAAUCUACUCACCCUUCGUUGUGACCAACAAUUUAGGGAGGUCUUUGAAGCAACAGAACAACUACUCAUACAGUGCAACCUAGAACCAGUAACUCUUCCACGUAAGCGCAAACUUCCAAAAAGACACGAUGAUGGAGCUACCCAAGAGUACACUGCCAACUCUGCAGAGGAAUUGUGCAGAGUGGAUUUCUUCAAGGUCAUUGACAGUGCAAUUUCUAACUUAAAAGACUACUUCACAUCCACUGACCUCAUCUUGUAUAAGGACUUAAGCGACGUGCUACUUACUGGGUCCGUUCAGCCACAUACAAUUCGUAAGUAUCCUGAACUCACAGAUUCUCUACAGCAACAAUUGGCCUUCUUUCGGAAUCAGUUUAGUGGAUCAUCCGUUGAGGACUACCGAAAUAUCUUUUUGGCAAUGGUGCCGGAAGUCCGUAUAAUGUUCCCUCAAGUUGAACAGUUGCUCAGGCUUCUUCUCGUCUCCCCAGCAAGUUCAUGUGUAGCUGAACGUUCAUUCAGUGCUCUACGACGCAUGAAAACAUGGUUGCGAAGUACUAUGACUCAGAAACGUCUUAACCAUCUCAUGGUCUGCCACGUACAUCGAGACCGACUGGCAGCAGUAAAUCCUCAAGCCAUUGCACAGGAAUUUCUACUCAAGUCAGCUGAUACACGCGGUAGAAUUAUUGAUGACCGCCGAACGAUAUUGAAUGAGGCCGACAGGCAGUAUGGGCAGACGCUCAUAACAGAGGCCAACCCCCCAAAAACCAAAAUGGUGCAGAUGGAAAAAAAGAAGAAAAAAAAGGAGGUAGUGAAGAAAAAGGAGAGAAAAGAGAAGGAGAAAAGAAAGAAGGAGAAAAAGGAGGAGAAGGAGAUAAAGGAGAAGGAGAAGAAGAAGUUGGAGAUACUAAAGGUGGCAGCCACGACAAUUUCAUUUACGCCUGCUGCAGACGAGGGCAUAAUGGAUUUUUUAUUUGCAGAGGACAUGAGGGUGGGGAGGGUUGGCGAGGUCAAUAGGGCAGGGGAGGAGUUUCGUUUGGACGGGGAAGGGGAAUUGGUUUAG